CUCGGUCUGCUUGUUGCCAGCUAUGUCUACCACGACUCCCUAUGCUGAAGCCUGGCUUGAAGGACCUUUCUGUACUCGCUUCUACACUCGAACUUACCACUGUUCUCAACCCAAAGCUGCUCUUGUUUUCAUUCACGGCUUCGCUGAACAUGUAGGAAGAUACGACCAUAUUCACCCCCAGUUCUCAAAACACGACAUAGCACUCUUUACGUUUGACCAAAGAGGAUUUGGUAGAACUGCACUUGACGAGAAGGAACGCAGCAAGGGGAGUUCCUGGGGCAAGACUUCUUGGGACCAACAAAUGGAGGAUAUCAAUUGGGCUUUGAAACACGCCCGGGAGGAAUUUCCCAGGGUUCCUUUGUUUCUUAUGGGCCACUCCAUGGGAGGAGGCGAAAUCUUGGGAUGGACCGCUGGUUACGGCUCGAAGACCCUCAUCGCGUCCCUGGCUGGUGUCAUUGCUUCAAGCCCACUCAUUCAGCAAACAAAACCUGCUUCAAAAUUUCUUCGUUGGCUAGGGGGUAAGGUCAGCACAUUGAGUCCAUACACCCUAAUCCCUGCGGGCCUGAACCCUGACGAUCUCUCUCAAAACAAAGCCGCGAACGAAGCAUACAUAAAGGAUCCACUCAUCAAGCAAUGCGGAUCCCUACGAGGAAUCGGCGACAUGCUCAAUAAGGGAGACGAGUUGCUCGAACCGAAGCGUUACAGGCAUUGGCCCUCGAACCUUCCUAUCCUCGUCGUGCAUGGGACAUCCGACCAAAUUACAUCCCCUCGUGCUUCUCAAACUUUUAUCGAGGUACUCCCGCCUACAGAUAAGAAAAUUUUACUUGUCGAUGCAGGUUACCAUGAACUUGUGAAUGAGCCUGGAGAAAUUCCAGACCAGGUGGUGAAUGAAGUAGUCACUUUCAUCCUGUCACACCUACCGGCGCUCGAAGCAGUUAAAUUGUGAUUCCGUCCAUUUCAUUAUACUUUCUGGGACUUCGGAGACUUCGGAUUCUUGAAGGUCAGAAAUUAGAACUUCCGAC